AAAAUGUAUCCCUUCAUGUUCAUACUUAUCUGUCUGUUUGGCUAUGUCAAUGCCGAAUGUCUUAUUGACACGCUGCCACAGGAAACCACUUCAAGUGCUCCUGAGUUAUGUCGGGACCCCAACCCUUCAACGUGCGAAGAUUUCAAAGAAUGGACCGUUUCUCCUGCGGAAUACAUUGAGAAAGACGGAUGCUUCAUGCUAACCUGCCCCGAAAAUACAUAUCCAUCGUUCUUCAGUCAAUUUCAAUACAGCGAAAUCCCUCCACCUGGUAACUUGAUUCCUCAGAAUGCACUGGAGAUCAGUCCUCCAACCUCACUGGAAGAAAUGGGUGGUGCCAGCCUAUCUGAGUACUUUGGGAUCAUAUGUGAUGACGGUGUUUGGAAACUUACCAAAUAUCCAAAUGGAAUUACAUUCAACAAAGAUCCACCUAGUUACACAAAUGGCUCAUUGAACGGAUAUAAAACUGAAAUUUUCACCAUGAAUUGUUAUUGAUGCAAUGAAUUAUUGAUUGGGCAAAAAAAUAAAUGCAUGAAUAUUAUAAUGUUAACAGAAAAUUGAUUUUUUUUAAUGAAGAUGUGAUAAAAAUCUUGUAAA